AUGGUGUCAGCUGAAAGUCAGUCCGUCUGGAAGGUCCUUAAUCUCACGCAACCCCUUCCAGCGGCCACUUUGCUUGAGGCACAAAGGCACCAAUGCUUUGGGGUGAGCUCCUCCACUGUUGUCCGGCAGCCUACCGACCAGCCGGCGGGACGAAAAAGUACCUGGCUGGACCAAAGACUUCGAGCUGACCUACAGGCUCUGACGACAGCGUCAAACGUCUUCAACUUGAUCCGUAGACAGCAUCACUGGGCGAAACUUUCCGGAAGCCGUAUCAAGCUGAAGGAUCAGGAUGCCGCUGGAAAAAAGACCCAAAGCGCAAGUACAUUGCUGGAAAGCUCGGAUAGUCAGCUAGUGUCCAGUAUGAGAGAUGCGCGCACCGUCUCACAGAGACUACGCUGGGUCUGCUACUUGGCGAUCGGGGAAUGCCGUAGGCAGCCGUCAUUCAUUGCGAGCUCACUCUCUGUGGGCGUAAACAUCGAUGGUGAAGCUGCCAUCCACCCGGUCACUGACGCGCGAAACGUCAGUGCGGGGUUAAGAGAGGUCAAAGCUGAUGACGAGCUCGAAGAUGUGCGGCAAAUUUUACAUUCUAGCGGUACAACCGGUAACGGGGAGAACCCUGGGUUCGAGAUUCAGAAUUGUCUAUCGGGAACGAGCGACAUCCAGCCAUCCAACCUUCCUGAGUUCGGCUACGCACGCGUGAGUUUUCCUACCGAUCUGGAAGAACUGACGGUCAGGCUGCAGCCAAGCAAGAUGCGCGAGCAACAGACUACGUUGUCUAAUAGCAUACUACUUGCAUUGCACGGUGACGUGGGUUUGGAGGGCAAGUCGUACCAUCUGACAUCAGGCCUCGAACAUGAAAUGCAUGUUGGCAUCAAUCGCGAAGGUACCUUCAGUUAUCUCCUCAACCCACCCAAAUCGCCCCCUGUCAAGUGUCGAAAAUUCGAAUAA